AUGCAAAUGAGGCAGCUCAACUUUUUAACUUCCCCAUAAAUGCAAGCUCCUUCCUUGCACCUGUUGUGUGUGCUGGCAGUUGUGGAUCAAGUACUACGACCCUUAAUCAAAGGAGAGAGUCAGAAACAAACACAAGCCCGAUUAGAAGGAGGGCGUGCAAUUCUGGUUUCAACAUCUUCCUGAUUGGGGGAGUUGAAGAGCAUAAAACCAGGACUGUCCGAGAGCUCCAGAACUCAUUUGGAAGCAGAGAGGAAACGUUUUGGAGAAAGACGCUUCUGGUUGCUGACACAACACAGAGAAGCAGGGAUGCUUCUCACCUGGAUUUCGAUGCUGACCCUGGCGCUCCUGGCAGGGAGUGGGGACGCCCAGAGCUGCAAGCCUGAGCUGCAAGGCACUGCUCACAACUUGGCCAAAGGCCGCCCAGCCUUCCAGUCCUCCAUCUACCGACAUGAGAUUUUUACAGGAGGAAUCAAAGCCGUGGACGGGAAUUGUAACGGGGCCUUCAGCUCGGGCUCCUGCACCCACACGCAGAAGGAAAGGGACCCCUGGUGGUAUGUGGACCUGGGCGAUGAGUAUGCCAUCUCGGCCGUGGUGGUGAGAAACCGCCAGGACUGCUGUGGCAACAGACUCCGGGGAGCUGAGAUCCGUGUGGGCAACAAUAAUGCUCACCGUAGCAAGUCCAACGCCCUCUGUGGGACCAUCACAGACACCACUAGAUCCAUCAGUGUCUUCAACUGUGAUUGGCUCAAGGGCCGCUACGUGAGUGUCCAGAUCCCUGACCUUGAAGAGUACUUGACCUUGUGUGAGGUGGAGGUCUAUGGCACCAAGGCAGAAGACCAGUGCUAG